AGCUCCAUGGUGGCGGUGUUUCACGCCCCUAGGGCGUUAAAAGAGGAAUGACGCAGCUGGGCGUACAAAGUAGAAUAUAAACAAUGAUAGUAGUUGUAGUGUCUACAAACACAUAUAUAUAUUCCCCUCGCCCAAGUUACAGUAAAAAUAAUUAGAAGAGAAAGUGAACAAAAAAGUCAAAGUGGUGCAAUAUAAUGUUGGACUACGAGUGGGGUAACCAGUCCGCCGCCGCCGGCAUGUUUCCCGACGAACCAACUCCACAAGACUCCGACCAAACCCGCCACUUCUACGACUCUUACGCCGCCCAAGCCGCCUUCAACGAAACCCAGGCCGCGGUGUUUCUGGCAUCCAACUUCGCCGCCGCCCAGUUCCACCACCACCCGCAGCACAACUUUGCCGGUCUUUGCUUCGACCCACGCGCCGCCUACGGUGGCGGCCGGUCGUCUUCGUUCGCUCAACAGGCGGCGGGCUUGCUCUCCCUCGAACCGGCCGGGUUUGGGGCGGUCGCAAAGGGCGAGCCACUGGUCGACUUCCCGACCGCCGUAAACCGGAUUGGGCUGGACUUGGGCGGGAGGACCUACUUCUCCUCGGCGGAGGAUGACUUCGUCAGCAGGCUGUACCGCCGGUCGAGGGGGAUGGACCCCACGGCGGCCAACUUCCCGAGGUGCCAAGCGGAGGGAUGCAAUGCGGACCUCACCUUAGCCAAGCUCUACCACCGCCGCCACAAGGUCUGCGAGUUCCACUCCAAAGCCGCCGCCGUCGUCUCCGCCGGCCAAUCUCAACGCUUCUGUCAGCAAUGCAGCAGGUUCCACCUGCUAACGGAAUUCGAUAACGGCAAGAGAAGUUGCCGGAAAAGGCUGGCCGAUCAUAACCGGCGGAGGAGGAAAACUAAUCUGGCCACGGCGGCAAAUCAAGAUUCCGGCAACGCCACGGAUAAUCAAAAUUCUUCUUCCAACACAAGGUCGCAGCCGGAUUCAGGGGCACAAUCGUCAUCGUCAGUGACCGCCGCAGUUUAGCCACCGAGAAUAUAGCUGGAUUAUCUCCGGCAAUAAUAAAAAUAAGGAUCGGGGGUCAAAGUUUAAUCAAAUACGGAGUAUGUGUUAAAGCCGUUGCCGCCGGGCGGGAAUAAUUGAUUUAGGCCUCAUUUUGGCAUCAGCGUUAGAGAUUAGCGUUAGCGUUUUGAAAAAACAAUCUGACGGUAGCCUUUAGUGUUAGCGUUUUCCGAAUUAAUCUACACCAUUAAUAUUUUAUUCAAAACGCUAACGCUAAUUGAAAACGCUCUUCCGAAACAAGCCCUUAAUUUCCGUCCAUCCAUUAGAGAGAUAAAGAUUAAGGUAGGAGAAGCAUUAGAGCAACUGCAACUAAUAAUGGUAGCAUUAUUUGCCUUAAAUUAGGUUGGUGACAAUUGUAAAUUGUUAAUCAACUUUUUUAUUAUUU